AGGCCUCACCUCCCACGGCUGCCUCGCUCUCCGAUACGGGGCCGGCCAUGGGAUCCAUGGGAUCUCAGUCUCCCGAGCUGCACCAAGAGGAAGAACCUCGCGAGCCGCGGGCUCCAGCCGCUACGCCGAAGAGUGCAGAGAUAGCAGGAGAGCUUCUACGAAAGAAGGUGAAGUCCCCGAUCUUGUCAGAUACACCUGAUACGGCAAGUGUCAUUAGUCGUGGGAGCAAAAAGGAGAUCGAGGAGGCGCUGUCUCAAGGGGUUGGAACUCCAGACUCUAGCACCCUGGCGCGCUUUCUCAACAGGCGUUCACCCGCGCCUAGCACUGCGGGCACUCCCAGG